GAGGAGCCGCUGCCGAGGAGCCGCUGAAGAGGAGCCGAUCAGAGUUCAACAUGUCGCGCUCUGAGGCCUCAGCUCUGGAGGACCAUCUCCUCUGCUCCAUCUGCCUGGACCUCUUCACUGACCCUGUCUCCACUCCCUGUGAACACAUCUUCUGCAGAGUCUGCAUCACCAAACACUGGGAGAGCAGCUCCGAGCGCCGCUGUCCUCUGUGUAAGACGAGCUUCAGCGUGAGGCCGGACCUGCGCGUCAACCCGCUCUUCUCUCAGGUCGUGUCCCAGGUCAAGAAACAAGCUCAGAGAGAAGACCCCCUGGAGACCAGAGCCUCAGAGCCACAAGAGUCCAAAGCCGAGGUCCAGAGUGAGACCAGAUCCAUGAAGAACAUGUCCUCCUCAGAGGUCCAGAGUGAGACCAGAUCCAUGAAGAACAUGUCCUCCUCAGAGGUGCAGUGUGACGUGUGCUCUGAGCCCAAGCUGAAGGCCCUCAAGUCCUGCCUGGUGUGUCUGUCCUCCUUCUGUGAGAGCCACCUCCAGCCUCAUCUCACAGUCUCUGGGCUGAAAAGACACCAGCUGAUGGAGCCUGUGGAGAACCUGGAAGACAGGAUGUGUCCCACACAUCAGCGCCCCCUGGAGCUCUUCUGUGCCACUGAUGAGAAGUGUGUGUGCAUGAUGUGCUCUGUUCUAGAGCACAAGAACCAUGAAUUCCUGCCUUUGAAGGACGCGUUUGAGGAGCAGAAGGCGUCAGUGGAGAAGAGCAUGUCAGAAAACAGGAGAAGGAUGUUGAAUCGACGGCAGAAGAUGGAGGAGAUCCGAGCAGUGCUGGAGCAGAGUCAGACACAGGCGGAGACGCAGAUGCAGGAGAUGGUGGAGAUCUUCAGUGAGCUGGUGGAGAACGUCCAGAGCUGCUUGGAUCAGUACUCUGAGAUCGUCGAAAAGACUCUGACCAAACACGAGGAACGUGCUCAGGCCCUGAUGUCCGAACUUGAGCAAGAGAUCUGUGACCUGGAGCAGAGCAGCACUGAGGCUGAAUGUCUCUCACGCUCUCAUGACCCCCUCCUCUUUCUGCAGCGCUGCACUGCACUUACGCCCCCUGUGCGGCUCAAGGAGUGGAGCAGCGUGAUCUUUAAAAGGGCCGCCUUCGAAGGGACGACUGUGCGAGCUCUGUCUGCUCUCGGGAAUGAUCUGAGCAAAACACAGCGGCGGGUCCAGGAGGCGGAGCUUAAGAGGGUGCAGAGAUGUGCCGUGGACGUGACCCUUGACCCCGACACUGCACACUGCAAACUUAUCCUGUCCAAAGACAAUAAAAAGGUUCAUCAGAGCGACAGCAAGAAGAAAAGCCCGGAGAAUGAGGAGAGGUUCUCAGAAAGCUGCCUGGUUCUGGGGAGGCCGGCGUUCUCCUCGGGCAGGUUUUACUUCGAGGUCCAGGUGGACGAGAAGACGCCGUGGCAGAUCGGUUUGGUCACAGUGUCCAUCGACAGGAAGCAGCAGGUCACGUUGAGACCAAGCGCCGGGGUGUGGGCGGUGGAGCUCGGGGAGGGGGAGCAGUACCGCGCUCUGGACGAAGCUCCAGUGCCUCUGUCUCCACGGCGCCCCCUACAGAAGGUAGGCGUGUUCGCAGACCACAUUGAGGGUGUGGUUUCCUUCCACGACGUGGACACGGGUGACAUCGUCUUCUCCUUCAGUGGCUGCGACUUCACCGAGGACCUGAUUCCCUUCCUCAGCCCUGGGACCAGAAGCGGAAAGAACUCCGCCCCCCUUGUCAUCACGACGACGACCGUAGAGGAACACGACAUGUCUCUUCAGGACCGCGAUGGAAGGAGCCAAGUGGAGUCAGCCACACACCCUCACAAACGUUUUGGUAGGAAGAAAGUCAAGUUAGCCACACCCCCCCAUAAACGAUUUGGGCGGAGCAAAGAAGAGUCUACCACGCCUUCUCAAAACCGAAAAAAAUCUCUGGGGUCCACCGAGGGUGAGGUCCACUGAUGAGGUUCAUCACCGUGGUAACCUGUAGGAGCACAUGUCCAGCGGCCAUCUUGUGCUACUCUCAUACUAAUAAUCCUGGGGUGUGACGCUAA